GUGCAUGCAUGUCUGUGUGUGUGUGUGUGUGUGUGUGUGUGUGUGUGUGUGUGUGUGUGUGUGUGUGUGUGUGUGUGUGUGUGUGUGUGUGGUGUUUUGUAAUUGGGGGAGGUUAUAACCCCAUUACAUUGUUCCCUGUUACUUGGUUACCAGAGUUUGCAGUAUACAGGACACACAAGUGUAAGUCCUGUACGUUCACUUAGCUCAGCACAACAGCCUCACUGCUCCACCACCGGUAAGCUAUUUAAGAGCUCCUUAUGUCAGGUUAUGCAUUCAUAAAUACCUGUUCUUGUUUUAAGUGUGAUGCUAGCAGGGUCCAACAUUAAAAUCCGCCACGCGCUAAUGAUGGAUACUUUUGACAAUUUGGCUGACUUUGGUGCAGACAAUAAAACUGCGUUACUUAUUAAAACAUCUGCUCGGCCGUGUAAAGAAAACUUCUAGAUGUUAAUCUUGGACCCUAGAUGAUAGUCCUGUGGGAAACCAGUAGAGAGCACACACAGAUUCAUGGUCUGAUUCCACGUUCACCUGCGGUGUGUGAUUACAUUACCGCAUGCAUGCACGGCACCCCCCUGGUCCAUUACAUCAUGUAAUUACCACUACAGGUGAAAGACUAAAUGCCACAGGGUCGUUCAUGGUUGACGUGUGUGGUGAACAGGUGUCCCAGGGCCAGGGGUUACUGAGACAGUGUCCUAAAGACUGUAGCCUCCUUCUAUGAAGCUUCACCAUGAGGUCUGAGGGCAGAGAGGUUCCCAGCAGGUCCAGCGUGCUACCCUCCAUCCUGGAUUCCUAUGCAUCACCUGCGGGCUUCAGAAAGGGAAAGAAUGAAGACAACCCGCGCAGCCGCAGAAGCGAGGUCGUGCGAGAUGACGAUGACCUCAACCGGGAAGCCAACGAAAGGCGGCAGGCCCUGUGCGAGCGACGCCAUCUAGAGUCGUACAGGAACGUACGUCGCCUCAGAGACGCCUUCUACCGGCGUUAUAUGGACCUGCUCCAGAAGAAGGUCCACUCCCAGCGGCUUGAGAUGCAGAGGCGAGCAGAACAGCACAGAUCCAAACCGGUGAAAGACAUCCAAUGGAAGAAGGAGCGGCUGGGCUUCUCCCGCCUGCAGCACGACGCCUCGUACCUGGAGGCCCUGCCCAAGACCAGCUUCUACCUGAUCCUGGAGCUGCAGAACCAGCUGGUGCGGCGGGGGGUACUCAGGACCCGGGUGGACCUGGAGGACUUUGGGGGCCGCAUCAACUACCACCGGGGUCCUCAGUGCAUUCAGGACCACCUCCAGGAGAUCAGGAGGAAGAUGAGCCCUGAGGACCCAGUAGCAGAGUGGAUGGCCCCUGGAUCCCCCAGGUCUGAGGAGAGCAGACCAGAGCACCAACCUCUCUACCCCAGGCCUGAGGAGCAGGACAGUGUGAGUACACCAGGGUCUGGUUCCGGGGGGAGUGGAGCAGAGCCGGCCUUCAGCAACACCCUGGAGCAGGAGGCGGAGCGAAUGUUUCCCAAGAUGAAGGUGCCACGGUUUGCGGCUCUGCAGCCCGGCUUCGGGGUGAACCUGGAGAGCAAGGUGGUUGAAGUGCUGAGGUUUCCGGACAUCCCGAAGAAGAGCAGGAAGGCGGCGAUGCACCAGAGACACCUGAGACACAUGUAUGACGCCUCCCUCACCAACAUGGCCGUCUCAAGGAGACUGCUGGACGGGGAGAGAGACACUCUGGGCAGGCCGGAGGCGGCCGCCAGCCAAGAACCGGUUCAGAGUGUGUCUUCCAGAGGCUCCAUUCAGGAGAAGACCGAGAGCAGCAGGGAAUCGGGCCAGCCCUGCCUGUUCCUCCUCACGUCUCUACCUUCACCCAGCGCUCAGAGCCGUCCAAUCCGCUCGCCCCGAGAGAAAAGCAGAAUGUCCUCUCAAAGAACACACAGUUUUAAAACGUGGGACCCUCUAUCAUUGGAGGAUGUGUGCCGACAAAGAGACGUGCAGAUAAUCAACCAUGUGGAGAAGCUUUGGAGUAACUAUAUAGGAAACAGUUACUGAAGAUUACAAUAUAUAUUAAGCGAUUGAACAUUUCAAAUGACAGAUUAUUGUGUCUAAGGAAUGCAUUUCCUGUCAUCUUCCGCUCAGUUUGCAUUUGUGUGGAAUAGUAGUCAAUAUGACACUUUUUUGUCAAUGUAUAACAAUGUAUAGUAUCAUAUAGGCCCAAUUUAAAGUGGUGUAGGAAUGUUUAAUACAAAUAAAUAUUUUAAACAAA